UAAAAUAUCUAAUUAUUAGGGGUAUAUAUAUUUGCAGUAUAUUUGCAUAAUAUCUUAAAUAUAAAAAUAUCUUUUUGUAUAAUGGCUUAAGCUAGAAAACUACACAGAAGAGUAGCAAUCUUUGAAGCUGAAGGAGGUUCAGAUAAGACUUGGAAUGGUCACAGAAAGGACACCAUGCCAAUUGUUGAAGCCUUUAAAGAAUUAGGAUGGGUAGCUGAACCCAUCUUCUUUAGAGACGAAUGGAAAGAAUAAAUCACAAAGUAUGUGAUCGAAAACUGUGAUGCUUACAUUCCAAGAAUCAAUACAGGAAAUCUUCCAAAUGGUGAAGCUGUCUUCAACUAAGCUUUAAGAGAGAUGUGUGCUGCUGGAGUAGUUGGUACACCUCACCCUGACACUCUUAUGAAAUAUGAUUCCAAAUUGAGUCUUGUAGACCUUAAUAAAACUCCACUUUCCCCAGCUGACACAGUGGCUUAUUUCAAAUGGGAUGAGCUUGUUAAAAAUUUCCCAACUUCUUUAACAAAUGGAGAAAGAGUCCUUAAACAAAAUAGAGGAUCAACAGGAGAAGGAAUAUGGAGAGUUUAAGUUGCUGAAGGAGUCUAAGUUGUUAAGGGAGAAGCCUUACCAUUAGAUACUAAGGUCAAAUGCACUGAAGCAGUAGACAACCAUGUUGAACAUCACACUCUUGAAAGUUUCUUUAAAUUAUGUGAAAAGUAUUACAAGGUUGAAGAAAAUUUCCUCAUUGACAUGAGAUUUUUACCAAGAAUCAAGGAAGGUGAAGUUAGAAUCUUCUUAAUGGGAACAAAGCCUUUGUUUGUCAUCCAUAAGAAACCAGCUGAUAAAUAAGAUGCAUUUUCAGCAACACUCUUUUCUGGAGCUACUUAUAAAUAUGAAUCCCCAGAAGCCUGGCCAGAACUCAUUAAAUUCUUUACAUCAUGUCUUUAACAUUUGACUGACAAUCUUGGAGAUGUAGAAACAGUCUUAGAUUGGACUUGUGACUUCAUCCUUGACACUGAUGAAAAUGGAAAAGACAAAUAUUGGAUUAGUGAAGUCAAUGUUUCAUGCAUUGGAUUUACAAAUUAAUUGGACAUUGGUAUCUAAUAAGAGAUGGCAAGAGAACUUGUUAGAAAAGUCUUAAAAAGUAGAUUUGGAAUCAAUGCCAUUAGAGAUUGAUUAAUAUCAUAUAAAAUUAUAAAAAUCUAAUUGAAAAAUUU